AUGUUUGUCAACAAAAGCACGUGUGCCGCUUUGAAAACAAAUGCUAAGGGGAAAAGAGACAUCAACACCACUCCGCGCUUCCUUUUUCAGUUGUGCGCAGUGCUAGCGAAAAUGAGUUUUAAAUUAAAAGUGAUUGCAUUGCUCGGAACACUGCUGUGUUCUGCCGCUGCACAUUACAGUGGUCCAUUUCUUUUCUGGGGAGUUGACGACUUGAAGGAUGUCGAAGUGCCCGCUCUCGAGGAGUUUGACGAUAAAUUUCUAAGAGACUUGUACUCGAAUUCAGCCGCUGUCGUCCUAUUUCUACGCAACGGAACGGCCAAGCUCAGUGAGGAUAACUAUCCCAGUUUUCGAAGAAUUAUCGAAAGGCACCAGUAUGUGUACAGCCCGCAGGAGGGAUUGAGCUCUAACCCAUUGGAUUACAAUGUUAAUGCUGAGAUAAUUAAUCUCGUCGGAUCGGCUUCACAGCAAGACAUAGAAUUAUCUGCCCUGUACCGCGAUUCGGUUGCUAAUUAUGGAGAUCGCAAGGUACUAGGAAUACUGGCUAAUCGUUGGGAUGAACCUCAUCACGUACUCUACAAACGGGAAGCCAAAGCGGCGGAUGAGGCAAGUGUCAGCACUACACCGGCUGGACCAACUGACGAACCGGAAAUAGACGAUGCGAUUUACAAUGUGCCCGGAAAGGCACUGAUCUACAUUAGUUCGGCUCCGGUUUUGGCGAUCAACAGUACGGAUGACGAGUACGUGCUGAACAAACAUACCGUCGCCACGUACGAUGCACGGGAACGGGAGAGCAAAUUGAUCGUGACAUUCAAGGUGGAGGAUACAACGAAGCUAACCUUAAAGUUCCGCUUCGAGAUGGAUUCGGGCUACUGGAUAAUGCCGAAAGUGGACGUUUUUCUGAUCGACACCAAGAGCAAGGAUGGAAGUAAGAGUGUUGAUACCACGCUAGAAAUUGAAGGUGAUGCGCCAUAUGCUCCAGUUGGAUUUUCCUACUCCUGUUCCAAACAGUUGGUGUUUCGUAAUGGAUCCACUGUGCUAACGUUGGAAAACAUUCAGGUUCAACCUGCACUGGAGGGAAGCACUAAAUUCGGCAGCGCUUGGGACUGCAUCGGAUUCACAACGGCUCCGAUAUGGUCAGGUCUGUUUAUAACAUCGUUCAUGGCAGUCGGUCUAGCGAUCGCCAUCUGCGCUAUACUGGAUAUUAAACCGCCGAACCGGUUCGAAUCCCGCACUGGAAAGCAGCUAACAUUCACCGUGCAAGAGUAA